AUGCGCCACAGGCCCGAACGUCUGGAGGCUGAGCUGGGUAAGGAACCACAGACGGUCUACUUGGGCGUAGACCCAACCGCACGGUCGCUUCACGUCGGGCACCUUGUCCCCUUCCUAUGUCUGCUGCAAUUCCAGCUGCAUGGUCACAAAAUCAUCCCUCUGAUAGGAGGGGCUACGGGGCUGAUUGGAGACCCGUCCGGCCGCUCAACAGAACGUCCGCUCUCCUCAAAAGAGACGAUAGAGUACAACGUCGGCCAGCUCACUGAAGCCAUCCAUCGCUUCUUCGAGCGAGCCACGGAAUAUGCCGUCAAGCGCACGCCGACGUCUGCUACCUCGAUACAUCGACCGAAUAUCCAGAACAAUCUAGAUUGGCUAAAGAACCUCAACCUGCUCGAAUUCCUCCGCACCGUUGGCUUCCACAGCAGGGUGAACUCUAUGCUUGCACGCGAAAGCGUCCAGGCUCGCCUCUCUUCACAACAAGGCAUCUCCUUCACGGAGUUCACAUACCAGCUGUUGCAGGGGUACGACUUCUUGACCCUGCAUAGGACGUUUGGGUGCACGAUCCAACUCGGCGGUUCCGACCAAUGGGGCAACAUCAUCGCCGGCCUCGAGCUCAUUAAUCGCGCAAAUGCGGUCCCGGGCGCGGUGGACACACAAAUCCCCACGGAGAAGGGCUACGGCAUCACUACGCCCUUGCUCACCACCGCCUCCGGGCAGAAGUUUGGCAAGAGCGCCGGGAACGCGGUCUCGCUCAACGAGGCGGACACCAGCGUGCUCGACUUCUAUCAGUUCUUCCUGCGGUCGUCCGACGCGGACGUCGGGCGGUACCUCAAGAUGUUCACCCUGCUGCCUCUUGAGGAAGUAGAGGGCGUCAUGCAGAAGCAUGCAGAAGCACCGCACGAACGUUAUGCCCAGCGCCGGCUCGCCGAGGAGGUGACGGAAUUAGUGCACGGAGUCGACGGCGUGUCGCGCGCGGAAACCGCCACCAAAAUCCUCUUCGAACGGGACAUCUCGUCCGCGACGGCAGCGGACGUCGUUUCCGCGCUCGCGGGGCACCCCGUUUUGCGCCUGUGCGACGCGUCACAAGCCCUCAACGUUCCGAUCACGAAGCUCGCGAGCACGUUCGGCGUCGUGGCCUCCAACAGUGCCGCACGCCAGCUCGUGUCCUCGAAGGGACUCUACUUGAAUAACGUCCCGGUGGCCGACGUCCACCGGAAGCUCACGCCAGGUGAUCUUCUCGACGGGCGGAUCGCCUUCCUGCGCGCUGGGAGCCAGAAGGUGGCGGUGAUCGCCUUGCGGUAG